UCUCUCGCUCUCUGUUGCCUGUCACCUGUUUCUGUCUUGCUGUCUGUCUGUCUGUCCCCUUCAUCAUGAGUGAUUCAGAACUCCAGAAUCUGUUUUCGAGGGUGGAUAACAUGGCUGUUCAGCAAGAGGUCAAUGAUGUCCUCCAAGGGGUUGAUGACCUGAUUGCUGUGGUGCAGAUUGAGCAAGCAGCAGCACCGCCAACCAUGAGGUGGAAGAAGAGAACCAGUGAUGGGAACUUAAUUCAUGCAAGACCACGAUCAGCUAGGAAUCAGUCCAAUCAGGGUCAGUAUUGUUUUUGCAUUCUUGAUGUUUAAAGAUCCCAGAUUUUAGGCACGCUCAAAUCAAGUAAAACCUAAAGCUUGAUGUGUAUGGUAUCGGCGGAAGCAAACCAGAACCAAUAUUUAGAAGACUCAUUUGCAAACCAAAUACAUUUUUCGUUCUACCCUUUUUCAGCCCUAUCAAAUAUCAAAAAGGUCUACUUGUCGCUUCUAAAAAGUCAAAUCUAGAUAAAUGCUUAACAGUGAGUGUGUGCUAUUAUACUCUACAUACUAUACUAUAAAUUAUUGUUUUUUUUUUUUGUUUUUUUUUGGUUACAGCUGGGAGCAGCAGUGGACUUCAACAUCAGAAGACUCAUCCCAACAAAAAUGCUCCUGACUCAAACUCUGAGGUGGUCUUUGCUCCUGAUAACGUUGAUGGAUUUCUACGAGAUCUCCAGCAGUCAUUGAUCGAUGCAACAGGAGAUGGGGUGGAAUCACCAACCCCACAAGCCUCUCUUUCUGCUUCAUUAAACUGGAGCACAAGAAAGAGCAAUUCUUCAGAGAGCUGGAAGGCAGCGAGACCUCGCCUGGUCAACACUGCACUGGCACAAGAAAAUGUGGGAACCCGAAAGUGCCAACAGUGUUGGCGCAAUUUAGCUGUUGUUCGUUGUCGUGAUUGUCUACCACGGCCCUUAUUCUGUGCGGAGUGCGACGUCAUCAUGCACACCAGACACCCCCUUCACAACCGAGAUGCCACUACUUGAGGAUUUUUUCAGCCAUUGCCCCCAACGACUACUGUACAGAAUAUGGACCUUUGCCAGUGUGUGCGGUAUGUACCUGUGGAGAUCCCUCACCAAAUCUGUGGUUGUCCAACAGAGGCACUGAGGCUCAAACCAGGAAAAGCUGUAGCUGUGAUCACAAUGAAUGGGAGACAUGAGCUCAGCAUGCCUGAGUUGGCAUGUGAAGCGUGCAAAGUCACAUGGACUGCUGGUGUUGACGGCAUUCUUCACAGCGACUACUGGCCAGCUACCCUGAACUUUGCCACCAUUUAUGGAACUGAUGUUUUUGCUUCAUUUGAAGAAAUGAAAAUGGCAGCACCUGGAUUGUCCUGUCAGGCAUUUUUAAAAAUGUUGGAUCAGAGAACUGUCCGCUUUGGACGUACUGGGAAGAUCUCAGCUGACACCUUCAGCAAAAGCUUUUUUGAGUGGGAGGCUGUAAAAUAUGAGAUGGACAACAUAUGCAAGGAGGAGCCAUUCACCUGUCCUGCCUGCAGCCCGGAUAUGCUUGCGGUUUCCGUGGAUGGUAACCGCAAGCAUUACCGCUUCAAGAAUGCAUCUAGAGCUGAGGAACAGGCCAUAUUUGAUGGCGUCUUCAUCGCGAAGGAUGACGACGUCACAAAAUUUGUGAACUACAUUCACACCACAACCAAGCAUGUGUCCGGAAGAGGCGUUUGUGGGGGGGAAUGGUCGGCGGCUCGAGAGACCUCCCAGAAAUCUGCCAGCAAGCUGGAUGAAGAGGGACUGGAGCUUGCUGUGUGUCGGCAUGGGGUGCUCCUAUGUGCCCUCAAUAUGUUCAGGGGAGAAAUCUUUGCAUAUCCCCUGUACAUACAACAAAAGCUGGCCAACCUCACGCCGACCUUCUACUGCAUGGAUGUCACAUGUAAAUACUGGCCCUACCUCAACAAGGUUGCAAGAAGCUGCCCAGAGCUCCAGCAUCUGCUCAGCAUGAAGCCCUUCCUUUCAGUGUUCCAUGCCAAAGCCCACGAUUUCAAAUGUGACGUCAAAUGGAGUGGUGCCUAUCAAGAGGGGGCUGGAUUGACACUAGGGGAGGAGGUAGAGCAGGUCAAUGCCUUCCUCUCUCGGAUAGCAGUGACCACCAAACACAUGUCCAAAGCAGGACGCACAGACAUGCUCACCCUCUUGGCCAUGCGCUGGAAUCAGCAAAAGACUGACAACUUGGCCACCUCACUGUCCCGCAGAUAUCUGAGGACCACAAAAGCUCUGGAUGCCCAAAAGCGGAACAUGGAGUCCAUGAAGACCGAAUUGGACGUCACGGAGAGCCAGAUGGGGGACUGGGUCAGUGACGUUAAGGAUUGGGCAGACGCAACAACCAUCAACACAAGUGAUGUUGCCGCCUUGGCCAGCAGGGUCGAGGUGCUGGUUGCCAGCAUCAAGAGACGGUCGCAGCGUCUCUACAAAGACUGCGACAGCAACAAAGGUCGUGCCAGGAUCCGCCGCAAGAUCCGGGACGAGAGGGGGUUCCUGAGUUCUGUGGUGGAGAAGUACAACAGAAUGGUUCCCACAACAGAAACCCUGUGCUUUGAAAACAUUCUGUCUGGAGAGACAGCUUGGCCAUGGCAGCUACCACACAGUGACUCUGUUGACCUUCAGACCAAGAGGAGAGCAUUUGACCUGGUCAUGGCAGGGAAAAGAAUCCAGGAGGAGAAAAUGAUUCUUCAGAGGGAGAUGAAUCAGCACUGGAGGUCUCUGGGGAAUCGUGCUGACUCCCUAAAAGAGCUGUCCUGCCAUGUUUCAAGGGCUACAACCGAACAUUCACCUUGGGGCCUUACUGAGGAAGGGUUGACUGGUCUACAGUGCAUGAUCAAGAAGAAACAGCACUUCAUCACAAAAAUGAUGGCUAACGCGAGACACUGCUACCUACAAGUGUUGACUGCAGCAGAGGGAGCACAGAUGAUCCACUCCCAGGACACUUCUGAUGAGUACUCGGACAAUGAAUCUGACAUUUCGGAUGAUACAUUUUAAAGAAGGGCUAUGCUUUGAUGUAAACCAUUCCGUUGUAGUUCUGGUUGUAUGAUUAGGGUCGUUGCCCUGCUGGAAGGUGAACCGCCCCUCCAGCCUAAGGCCUUCUGCGGACUACAACAGGUGUUCUGCCCUGUAUUUGGCUCCAUCCAUCUUCUCAAUUCUGAGCAGCUUCCCUGUCUCUGCUGAAGAAAAGCACCCCCACUGCAUGAUGCUGCCACCACCAUGUUUCAAGUCGGGGAUGGUGUGUUGAGAGAGGGUGCAAUGUUCUGCAGCUGUGACCUUCUACAGCUGUCUGUAAAUUCUGAAGAGUAGGGGGUGAGCCUGUACAUAAAAGCCUGGUGUCUGACAUUUGAAGUGCUUUAUCUGGAACAGCUUUUUGAUU